AAAAAUUUUAAUGCGUGUUUACAAUUUUUCCCGGUUCUCGCGUAAAAUGCAAUAAAAUUAAUCAUAGUGGUCGUCUUUCGGUGGUGUAAUUUCGAACAACGUGUGCAUUCUGAAGGUUGGCAAUUCGCAGAAACAUGUUUCGCCCGGCAGGAUUCUACUCCGAUUCGGAGAAUGAUUCGGACUUUGAUUAUGACUUUUGCUACAAUAAUUCGGAGGCUAAAAAGGAUACCACGAGAACGGAGUACUCACCGCCGGUAAUGGUGGAAAGGAACGACGAUCUCCUGUACAAGGCAGUCACCGAAGGAAACCUGGAAGAAGUUAAGCGAGUGCUGGAACUUGAUCCCUACCUGUUGACAUGCUGCCUUCGGCAGGGCUGGCCAUUGCUGCUACUGGCUUGCAACGAAGCUCAGUUCGAUAUAGUGAAAUACCUGUUGGAGGUGCGACGGCUGGACGUGAACCAAGCAAACGGUUUGAGUACUGCCCUGAUGGCAACUUGCUCUUCCAAGUGCAAUCCGGAAUCUGUGCUGCGGGUUGCGGAGUUGUUGCUGGACUUUGGAGCUGUAAUCAAUUGUAAGGAUGCCUACGGGAUGACUCCUCUGAUGUUUGCCAUAGUGAACGAUCAUCCGGACGUGGUUCGGCUGAUAAUUGACCAAACAUCGUUGGAAGCGACGGACAACGAAGGACUGACGGCACUGUUCCAUGCCGUGAACAAUCGGCGGAUUGAAAUGGUCCAGAUGCUGCUGAAGGCCGGUGCCAUGGUGGACAAUGUCAAUCGGAGGGGUUACACUCCGAAGCAGGAAGCCGAAUUCCGAGGGUACAACGAAAUAGCCGACAUGUUCCCUAGUGAAAAGGACUGCUUCGAAAUUCCGUACAAGUACCUGGGUUAUGGUCACUACCGAGACAUAAUGCAAGGGCAGACCGAAAAAGACCUCCCAGGCUACCAUCAGGAGAUUGGCCUUCUUUUGUACGGAAUGUACAGUGACCAGCAUUUGACGCUGUUUGCAAAGGAGGAUUUCGAUUUGCUCCGAUUUCUGACGCUGACCGAUGACGAACUCAAGGAGUUGGGCUUCAAGUUGCCUUUUGAGCGGAAGAAAAUUUUAUACGGUUUGAUGAAGUUUCACCGGCAGGCCUGGAGCAAACGGAGCUUGAAGAAGUAUCCUCAGGGCCAUCGAUAUGAUUCCUACGACAUCCUCGAGAUGCUCGGAAAUCAUCUGAAGCAGAUGACUGUGUUGCACGCCUCGCUGAUCCAUGUAGCACAGAUGAUACCCAGUGCAGAAUUGAAGUCCAAGUUCGCAUCGGAAUUGGAUAGCUGUCAUCGGAAGGUAGAUCAGCUGCAGCAAACUAUGGCCGCCUUUGGUGAAGAAAUCCGACGAAUUCACAGCUUGACGGCUCCCGAACCGGUAUUGUACGUUAGUCAGAAUCGCUGUCAAAGUGGCAGGGUGUGCUGGUUUACUCGGGUUCUUAAACUAUCUCUGCUCUCAGCAGUUCUUUCGCUGGUCGUCUAUAAGAGGCUAAAGGCGUGAUAGAUGUUCCUUUACUGAGCUAAGUACCUAUUAGGUUCAAACUACUACAGACAAAUACCUUCUAUCUCAUGUUAUUAUGAAAUGUAACAUUUCCAAACGUAA